CUUACUUUCGGAUUGACAAACUUUCAAAUCCACAACAAAGGUCGAUAGAACCAAUCCGCCAUUCAUGCUCAUUAUGUGACGGUGGAAAUUACCUUCUGAUCUACGAUCAGGCUUAAAAUUGAUUCCAGUGUCUCAGCCAAUAUCUAAGCCCACAAUCUCUCUCUAAGCGCCAUCCCCUCUCUCUCUAGAGUGUAAAUAUCCCUGUUCAAAAAAGUCCCCCCUUCCUCCCCCUCUCUCUCUCUCUCUGUCUCCUUUUUAUCGUUGUGUUCUUUAGAAUCUUUGCCAGUUCAGGAUGAAACUGAAGCAAUUAGAAAUCCUUCUCGGAAAUCUGAAGCAGUUCACCAAUCCAAAGGUGGAUCUCGAACAAUAUCCUACUGGAUCCCAUAUUGCAUCCAGGUUGUUAUAUAUGGCUGAGAACACAUAUGGGGAUAUAUCUGGCAAAGUGGUUGCAGACUUUGGCUGUGGUUGUGGUACAUUAGGCAUAGCCAGUGCUUUAUUGGAUGCGGAGUAUGUAAUAGGCAUAGAUGUUGACUCUCAAUCCCUUGAGACUGCUUUAUCAAAUGCCGAGGAAUUUGAGUUGGACAUGGAUCUGGUACAGUGCGACAUCAGUAGUUUAUCAUGGAAAGGUGCAAAGGUUGACACUGUUGUAAUGAAUCCUCCCUUUGGUACACGGAGAAAAGGUUCUGACAUGGAUUUUCUUUCGGCUGCUUUGAAGGUGGCAAGUGUUGCAGUCUAUUCAUUGCAUAAAACAACUACUCGAGAUCAUGUGAAGAGAACAGCCCUGAGAGAGUUUGCUGCUGAAAGGGCGGAGGUUUUAUGCGAGUUAAGGUUCGAUGUGCCUCGAAUGUACAAAUUCCACAAGAAAAAGGAAGUUGAUAUAGCGGUGGAUCUCUGGCGAUUUGUGCCUGAUUCCUCGAGAAAACUUGUUUAAUAUUUUCUUAGCAUGAUGAUCACAGUUUCAGCCAAAUGCAUGCAUGGGAAAAGAAAAAAAUAGCAAAUCCUGAUUCUUCCGUGAGGUAGCUAAGAGGAAAUCCCUUAAACUUCCAAAAUCUUUCAAAUAUCAUUUGUCUAGUGAGCAGAAUUUCUUUGGUGAGAUGUAGUGUAAGAAAAGGACCAAUAGUUUGAUACAAAUUUUAUCGGUAUUCAUCUCUCUCUCUCUCUCUCUCUCUCUCUCUCUCUGUCAUGAGGUAGCCAAGAAAGUCCCUGUAAUUUCCAAAAUGUUUCAAAUAUCCAUUUGUCCAGUGACCAGAUUUUCUUUGGUGAGAUAUAGUGCAAGAAAAAAAACCAGUAAGUUGUACGAUUUUCAUGUGUAUUCAUAUGAUCUCUCUCACUUUUAUGGCUCUAGUCACUUGAGAGAAUCAAGAUCUCUCCCAAGUUGUGCCUAGGCUAGCCAAGACAGAAUUUGUAGUUUUUCACUUAUCAAAUAGUUAAACUAUUAUAGAGUAUGCAUAUCUUUUCCUUUCA